AUGGGGUUUCCGCGAGCGGGUAGUCCCAGGUUGGGGGAGAGAAGGGGGGGAUUGUUUGGGUUGGGGGAAGAUGUGGGCGGGCUGGCAGGGGGAGGGGGGAGGGGGCGGGAAGGGGGAGGCGGGGAAGGGGGAGGGGGAGGAGGGUUGGCACAGGGGGGAGUGUGGGGGCACCAGAGGCGGGAUUUGCAGCGAGCAAGGAACCACAUUGCGGAGCAGAGGGCUGUGGCGCUGCAACUGAUGGCGUCGGCAGAGGAGCGCAUUGCGCUGGUCAGAGCAGCCCACGCGGAGGUGCAUUCACACAUGGCGGCAGCAGAGGAGCGCAUUGCACUGGUCAGAGCAGCCCACGCAGAGGUGCAUUCACACGUGCGCUUAGCGCAGCAGCUUGUACAGAGGAUAUCCGACAGGCGGCAGCGAGCGCUAGGAGACAACCUUCGCUACUCGCUCUCCCCGCCCCUCUCCUCCUCGACUCCUCCUCCUCCCAUCUCCCUCCCCUCCCUCUCCCUCUCCACCUCCUCCGAUCCCACAAUCCCUAUCCCCUCCUCUUCCUCCUCCCCAGCUCUCCGCCGCACUUUGGCCCUCGCAGUCGCCGCUGCAGCAGCAGACGAUUCUUACACCCCCCUGCCAUCUCGCCUCAUCCGUUCUUCAGUCCCCUCCCGUCCGUCCCUGCCCUCUCUCGCUUCCCUCUCGUCUCUCCACCCCCAUCGCUACCACCCAACCAACCCACUUUCCUCUACAGCUAACCCUCUCUCUGCAUCUCUCCAUCUGUCCGCUUCUGGGCCCCUCUCUGCUUCGCUGAAUCCUUCCACCACCACCCGUCCCCCUGCCUCCAACACUCGUCCUUCCAUGUCUGGUCCUGUUCCCCUCCUUGCACACUCCACCCUCUCCUCCUCCUCCUCCUCCUCCUCCUCCUCCUCCUCCUCCUCCUCCUCCUCCUCCUCCUCCUCCUCCUCCUCCUCCUCCUCCUCCUCCUCCUCCUCCUCCUCCCUACUCUCUCUGCCUCUCCCCCCACUCUCUCGCACUCUUCACACACACAUGCCCGCUCUUCUCUUCCCGCUUCUGCCGUCGCCCCUUUGUCCCGUCCGUUCCGCUUCUCUGGCCGUUUCUCCUCCCUCUCUUCUCCGCUUGACCAACCGCCCUCUCCCCCUCGCAACAGCUCUGCAGCAGCAGCAGCGGCAGCAGCAACAGCAACAACAACAGCAGCCACAGCAGCAGCAGCAGCAGCAACAACAACACCAGGAGGAGGAGGAGGAGGAGGAGGAGGAGGAGGAGGAGGAGAAGGAGGAAAUGGGAGAGCAGGGGGGGCGGCAGCAGGAGGAGCAGAUGCAGCAGGAGGUGCAGCAGGGGCAGCAGCAGGAAGCACAGCAGCAGCAACAGGCGAAUUCACGGUUUCGCGAAGGCAGAGAGGAAGAGGCAGGGGGGUUGGCUGACGACCUGCAGGUGGACCUGCUGCCAGCGGGAGCAUCUUCUGGGGGAGGUACAUCUGGGUGGGCAGCGAGGGGGAGGUUGCAACUGAGCAGAACUCAGAGGGAUGGGAUGAGUGGGAACACAAGGGGAGGGCGAAGGGGCGAUGUGGAGAGGAGGGAGAUGGGGGAGGAUAGGGUAAUGCAGAGAGGGAGGGGGUUCAGGAGAGCGAAAAGUGAAGAUGGGGAGAGAGGGCGGCAUGGGGAGGAUGAGGGUAGACAGAGGGGCGUGAGGGAGAGAUUGGAGCAGAGGUUGGAGCAGAGGUUGGAAGAGAGGUUAAAUGCGGUGGGAAUGGGAGAGGGCGGUUAUAACAAUGGUGUCGUUGCUGGGAGUGACAGUACCAAUGGGUACCCAGGGGUACCCGCCUAUGUGGAUGGUUUCGGUAUGGUGAGGCUGGAUAGUGGGCUGGUGGGUGCUAUGGGUGGUGGUGACAUGAGUGGUGCUAUGGGUGGUGAGAUGGAUGGGGAGAUGGUCGGGGAUGGGAUGGGGGGACUAGGGUCAGGGUCAGUGAGCUUUGGAGCAGAUUUGAGGCGUUAUCCGUCGGGAUUGGAAGGAGUGGAAGGGAUGGAAGGGGCAGGAUCAGGGCGGUUGCAUGUGCGUGGGUUGGGAGGGGUGGUGAGCGGUGGAGCAGGGCGGGUGGAGGAGGAGGAGGUGGAGGCGGAAUUGCUGGCGAUGGAAGCAGCGGUUGAGUUUAAUGUGAGGGUGGUGACGUGUCAGGGGUCCCCUGUGCGCUGGCACAACUGCCACGUGUGCAUGCGGCCCAAUGCGGUGCUGCUGGAUGCAGCUGGGUGCAUUGUGGUGGAUGGGAGGGAGCUACGGGCACGAGACAGCAGUCCGGUGGUAUUGGAGGAGCAGGGAGAGAGUCUCAUCCAUGCACUCUUGGACUUCUCCCCGCCUCUGCUGCACCUCUCCUUCAUCCAUGCUUUCCUCGACCUUGACCCGCGGGCCGUGGUGCUGCAAGAAACGGCACACCGCACCGCAGGCUGUGGUGCUGCAGGCAAUGGCUCCUCCCUGCACAGCGCUGCCACGUCAGCGCCGGUGAACAGAGCCGUGCGGGCGGCAACAGCUGGCAGGCUGACGUCAGCAGCAAGGCGCAUGGCGGAUGUGUGGAUCUGCAGUGCGUGCAGCCUGCCUGGUUCAUCCAACGGUGGUACAUAG